AUUUCAUUGGAGCUCCAGCGUCGAAGCCCAGAUGAAUUGGGAUGCAACGAGGCGAAGCGCUUGAGGCGCAGCACGCCUGGGGCCUGCUCAUCUCCAGAGGUCUACUGAGCCAUUUGCCACUUCCAGAGGCCAAGCGAUGCGCCAUCGUAUCUCCUUGGCUGCGCCGUCUGUCAGAAUGCAAGGACCAAGAGUGCCAAGGUUCUGGCCUGGUCUCCAAGGGCCUUCCAGGUGGCAUCACGCAGCCCGUGAUGGAGAUCCUUUGGCGAGAGGAGCUGGGCGCGCGCCGAGCAGGUGCCUGGCAGGCCUUGUUGCUCGGGGGGAUCAAUUUGCCCCGCGACUCUGAGGAUUACGAGCGGCUUUGCGCCCAGACCUGCUCAUACGAUUCGGCAAUCCGCCUCGAUGUGCAUAGAACGCUUCCCCAAGAAGCCCUGUUCAAAGAAUCUGAUGGACGUGGGCAAGGCAUGCUGUUCAGGCUUUUGCGCGCGCUUGCAAUUCGACUUACUGAUAUUGGCUAUUGUCAGAGUUUGAACUUUGUGAUGGCAACCAUGAUUCUGGUGUUUCCGGAUGACGAAGUUGCAGCAUUUAACUGCGCGCUGGCUUUGCUACUGCGCCACGCUUUGGUAGACUUGUACAGGCCAAAGUUCCAGAAGUUGGAAGUCGUGCUGUGGCAGUUCGAUCGCCUCGUUGAGGGCUUUCUGCCAAAGGUCCAUGCGGCCCUGAUGAGGCACGGAGUGAACUCGGAGUACUAUGCGAUCCAGUGGUUCCUGACGCUUUAUGCCAGUGACCUCCCACAAAGUAUGGUGCGGCGGAUAUGGGAUCGAUUCCUGGUGGCCGGCUGGAGAGUAAUAGCCCAAGUCGGGCUGGUGCUGCUGUACCGCAUCCAAGAUGCCUUGCUCGACAUGGACACCUGUCGCGCCCUGGUGUUCCUGAAGAGGUUCACACGGAACAUAAAGUUCAGUGCGGAGGAGCUGCUUGACACGGCCGCCACGUUCAAGGUAUCCCACAGAAUGCUGUCUGCGCUCGAAGCAGCGCAUGGCUGGCAAGAGCCUUCGCAGCUGACAGUCAUCAAGGAUUUGAACAGUGGCCAUGUGCACUGGAUAGUGCAGGCGAUAUCGCCUGAAGCUUGCGACGAGCCCGAGGAUUCAUCUCGGUGCCGCAGCUACAGCAAUCUCCCCGGUCACGCAGGUGGAAGAAGUUGUCAACAAGGCAAGGUUCUGCCUUUCCUGCUCCAUAAUCUCGACACGGGCGAGACGACGAUGAUGGAGAAGGCUUUCUCCCAGUACAAGGGAGAGAUGCACGAGCAAGCCCGAGCCAAAGCAGGUCCAGCUCAGGCGGCGCCUUCGUCUGCAGACAUGCCUGCGGUGAGUGCACUGGAGGCUCCUGCAGGAUUUUCAGGCAGCUUUUGGAUGCAGACGGUGCAGCGGCAAGCAGAAAGACGGCUUGCCCAGGCGUAGCUUACAGGUGCAAGCAGCACCUUGUUGUUGCUGAAAUCCUGUUUGGCGCAGCGUCGGCGGAAAGAGAUUUUGCCGUAUUUCAGAGAGUCUCCACAA